AUGGGUGCGCUCAAGACAGUAUCCGAUACUGUCGCUGGCGGUGGCCGCGUGCUGAUCGUCGGGACCAAGCGUCAAGCACAGGACGCUGUCGCGUCUUCUGCACGCAACUCUGCCCAGUACUUUGUCAACGCUCGCUGGCUCGGCGGUAUGCUGACCAACUGGAAGACCAUUUCCCAGUCGAUCCAGCGCUUGCGCAAACUUGAAGAAACCCUGUCCUCCGAUGCGGCAAAUGCUCUGACCAAGAAAGAGCGUCUGUUCAUGGACCGCGAGCGCGAGAAGCUCGAACGGAACCUCGGUGGUAUCAAGGAUAUGGGUGGUAUUCCCGACCUGAUCUUCGUGAUUGACACAAACCGGGAAGCUAUCGCCAUUCAGGAAGCCCGCCGUCUGGGUAUUCCGGUUGCUGCUAUUUUGGACUCCAAUUCCAAUCCGGAUGGCAUCACUUAUCCGGUACCGGGCAAUGACGACGCCGGCCGUGCGAUUUCGCUUUAUUGCGAUCUGAUCGCCCGUGCAGCGAUCGACGGCAUUUCCCGUGCACAGGGUGCUGCCGGUAUGGAUAUCGGAGAAUCGGAGGAGACUCCGCUGGAAGAAGCACUCGUUGAAUCUUCCGAGGAAGCUGCACCAUUUUAUGUUGAAUUCGCAAGGCGGACUGCACUUUGUUGCAGUCCCGUCAUAUAG